CACAGAAGUGAAGCAAUGGCGAAUAAUUCAUAAAUGCUAUCAAUUACCAAUUACAAAUCAGUAAUUGAACCGCAAAAUGUAAUCAUCCUGUACAACCACGUGCUCUUGUUUGCAUGUCAUAACCUCAAAUUAUAUUUUGAAACAUAACCUCUCUUUAUAACUUUUGAAGAAUUUUCUAUUUCGUAAUGGAUUUAACAAAAUCCUUACCUCAGAAAAAGUAUUACCGACAAAGAGCUCAUUCAAAUCCCAUAGCCGAUCAUUGCUUUGAUUAUCCACGAACUCCAGACGAUAUGGAUUGGUUCAAGUAUUAUCCAAAGAAGGUGGACAACUCGGAGGUGGAGUUCGCCGAUAUCGGCUGCGGUUAUGGCGGUUUACUGGUAACACUCUCCCCCAUGUUUCCGACUACGUUAAUGCUAGGAAUGGAGAUUCGAGUGAAGGUGUCCGAUUACGUUAUGGAUAGAAUCGCAGCGUUGCGUGAUCAACAUCCGGGAGAGUAUCAGAAUAUUGCGUGUUUGCGAACAAAUGCCAUGAAAUAUUUACCGAACUAUUUUAAAAAAGGCCAGUUAAGGAAAAUAUUUUUUCUGUAUCCGGAUCCUCACUUCAAAAAGGCUAAGCACAAAUGGAGGAUAAUUAAUACUUGUCUGUUGGCGGAGUAUGCCUACGUGUUGGCAGUUGGAGGAAUUGUGUAUACGGUUACCGAUGUGAAGGACUUGCACGAUUGGAUAGUGAAACACUUUACUGAACAUCCAUUGUUUAACAGAAAACCCCAGGAAGAAUUGAGGUCAGAUCCAAUUGUGGACAAAUUAUACAGCAGUAGUGAAGAGGGACAAAAGGUAACUAGAAAUAAUGGCGACAAAUAUCUGGCGGUCUUUCAAAGAAUUGCAGAUCCGUUCAAUUCAAAUGUUAUUGUAUAACUAAUACUAUGAUCUUGUGUUGGAAAAUGUUCAUUUAUCUGGAAAAAAUUCAGAUAUUUAUUCCUGAAAAUCCUAAUGUAUUGUAGUAAAUGUAAUAUAUUUAAAUAUAGACAUAAACUGUA